CGCGAUCCGCACGUGCCUCUCUAGACUAGUCUCUCUCCCCGUCUUCCGCCGCGUCAGAUCACGCGCCGCUCCUCCCGGUCGCCCUAGCGCCGCCACCGAACGAUCCCCCGACCCCCCAGACCACGAGACCACCCGCGGCGGUUGGCCGGCGCAGGGAUGGGCGACGAGGCGAAGUACCUGGAGACUGCGCGGGCGGACCGCUCCGUGUGGCUCAUGAAGUGCCCCCCCGUCGUCUCCCAGGCCUGGCAGGGCGCCUCCUCCUCCUCCGGCGAUGCUAACCCUAACCCGGUCGUCGCCAAGGUCGUGCUGUCCCUCGACCCCCUCAGCUCCGCCGAGCCCUCCCUCCAGUUCAAGAUGGAGAUGUCUCAAACUAGUGUAGCCAGCACUUGCAAUCUACCAAAGAGUUACUCCUUGAAUAUGUUCAAGGAUUUUGUACCCAUGUGUGUUUUCUCUGAGACUAAUCAGGGAAAACUCUCAUGUGAAGGAAAAGUCGAGCAUAAAUUCGACAUGGAACCUCACAAGGAUAACUUAUUAAACUACGCGAAGUUAUGCCGUGAAAGAACACAAAAGUCGAUGGUUAAAACUAGAAAAGUGCAGGUACUUGAUAAUGACCAUGGAAUGAGCAUGAGACCCAUGCCUGGCAUGGUUGGUCUGAUAUCUUCUAGUUCCAAGGAGAAGAGGAAGCCAACGCCAACCAAACCAUCCGAUGUCAAAAGGACACGUAGGGACCGUCGGGAACUGGAAAACAUUAUCUUCAAGCUUUUCGAAAAGCAGCCUAACUGGGCACUGAAGGCUCUAGUGCAAGAGACUGACCAGCCAGAGCAAUUCCUCAAGGAGAUAUUGAACGACCUCUGUAUGUACAACAAACGAGGUCCGAACCAGGGCACGCACGAGCUCAAGCCUGAGUACAAGAAGUCGUCGGAGGACGCCGCCGGUGCUGCUCCGUGAAGACGAUUUGCGUAUCCGACUGCUGUUGUAUAACCGAGUACCUGUUGGCUUUGAUGUGCGGAACGAUGAGUUGUCUAUCUGAAGCCUCCGAUCAUGCCUGGGCUGCAUUUGUUUGCUUUUUAUUAAGAAGGCACUGUUGUAACUGUAUGGGUAUAAGAUGAUACAUAUACUGAUAUACAACACAUGUCACAGAAGGGAACGAAUCUACUGAUAAACCACAUGAAAAGAUCGUUUGAUUUC